AUGACAUCGCUAGCAGAUUGCACUCGCGUGCUUGCUCACAUCUCAGCCCCCUGGAUGCUGCCCAUCGGGUGCCAUUCGGCACUCUUUUGGCUGUCGCGCGACCAGUUCUUGAUGGUUUGGUUCCAAUCCAGCAAUACCUACACUCUGGAAGGCGGCGUGAAGUUUGCCGGUCGCUAUGGCUACGGUCAUCACGGCUUCCAGGACGGAUAUGCCCCAUCGCCGCCUCAGGACAUAUUGCAGCGGGAGCCGCAGUGUCUUGGGUUGGGCGAGCUGCGGCUGCAAAGCGCCAUGCAGGACAGAUAUGGCGUCUCGCCGUCUGAGGACUUGGGCAUUUCGGAUGGUUGCGGGGACGGCUACACCUCCUCGACCUCAGCGACUGAGGUCGUGCGAUGCAGCAAUGCACCACUAUGCAUCAUGCACGCCCACCACGACGGCGGCACAACAGGCCCUGGUGUCAGCACCUCUGCGAGCAGCUUCUACGGGAGCCUUUUCCCCAGGACGCGCAGCUCCCUACCACCGAUCUUUGCCUCGGUGGGCGGCCGAAGUGAUGUUGUCAAGGCUGCAGACGCCAGGAUUAGAGCUGCCAGCUCCUUCUCGGAGCUGUUGGACAUCGUGCAGGAGUGCCUGGCGCGCUUCGACGAAGGCAGCCUCGUCAUCGCAUUCUGCACUGGAGCAAAAUUGGUGGGUGAGAGGUUGCCAUCCGGGCCAACUUGGAAGGCUUUGCAGGAGAAGCUCCAUCAGGCGAUUGCGCGUUUGGAACCGCGGGGCCUGUCCAUGGUGGCAUACGCAAGUGCCAAACUGGCAUGGAGGGAGGAGGCGUUUCUGCUGGACCUUGCAUCGGAGUCGACGAAGAAGGCAGCACACUUCGGUCCCACGGACGUCGCCAAGAUUUGCUGGGGAUUUACGAAGCUGGAGAUGGUGCAGCAGGUUCCGGACUUCUGGACUGCUAUGGAGACAGUGGUGCAGCGCAAGGUGCAAGAGGCUCGCCAUGUCGACCUUUCAAUGAUCGCGUGGGCGUUCGGCAUGGCCGAGCGUGGAAGCCCUGCGAUGUGCGCCGAGAUUUCAAGCACGGCGCUGCGCUUGAUGCAGGAGUUGACUCCCCAGUGCCUGGCCAAUGUUGCCUUGGUCUUUGCUCGCCUUGGCAUAGAGAACCCAGAGCUCUUCGAGGCAAUCCAAAGGCGAAGUCUGUCCCAAGUCCCCGACUUUGCGGACUUUGAUGUCACCAGCCUCUGCUGGGCCAUGGCUCGUGCCGAUGCUGUGGAUUUUGAGCUUUUUGACAAGCUUGCCAAUCACACUGUUUCCUGUGGCUUUGUGAAGCGCUACUCAGCUGAGAUGGCCGCCCAGAUGGCAUGGGCUUUUGCAGUGGCACAAGUGGCCCACGAGCCCUUGUUUUCAGAGCUCUCCGAUUUCAUAGUGCAGCACGCGAGCGUUUUUGAGGCCCAGUAUGUGGCAAACUUCGCAUGGGCGUAUGCUACGCUGGACAUCGCUGACGCAUCGGCUUGGCAAGCUGUGGCUCGUGAGUGCAAGGGUGGGAGGUUGUGGCGCUAUCGACCGGACGAGCUGUGUGCGGUCUGCUGGGGAUUUGCGAAAAUCGGCUGGGAGGAUGAGGAGCUCAUCGGUGACAUGGCCCAAGUCGCGUCGCACAGGAUCUCAGAGUUAGACACCCGCUCCCUGAUCAAUCUGCUAUCGGCGUUUGUUGUGCUAUGCGACCAUCGAGGCACUCUUGACAUGGCGCAUUGCAAGGAAUCGGAUGUAGCUUCUGUAACCUUCGAGCACCAGGAAGAAUUGACGUCAGUCCUGGAAAGUGGGCUGUCUGAGCUGUCGUCGAAAACGUUGCAGCCUGGGCAGGAGCUGGUGGUGGCAGUUCGCCUCUUCUGCAAAGCUGGAAGAGUGACGGAUGCUUGUCGACUUUGCUGUCAGAGGACGGACAUGACAACCUGGUCGGUCCUGCUCGCGACGGCAGAGAGGUCGGAUGCAAGCCUCGCAGCGCGGCUUUGGGACCGGCUUGCGGAGGACCUCCCGGAGCCGUUUGCCUCUGCAGUGCGACGAUGCGCCGCAACAUGCCAAGGCGUUCGGAUGCAGGAGGAGAGCUCUGGCCUGCCCGCGACGCCUCAGCUGGAGGUCUCGGAGCAGUUGCAGCGGCUGGCCGGCCUGCUGCGUGGUGCUGAAGCGGGAGCUGGUGCUCCAUCGAAGCUAGCUGCGGGUCGCGGGGCACAGCUGGCACGCUUCACAAUGUCGCCGCAGUUCGCCUUAGAUAUCCGAGGAGGAGAAGAUGCGCUGGCCUUGGCUAUGGCAGUCAGGUGCCCUGUCUGGUGUCUAGAAGACUCGGCGAUCGUUGCUGCCGGCCUACGGCGCUGCGCUGCUGCAUGGGCACCUAAUCUGGAGGUGCACAUGGGGCCAGCCGAAUUUCUCAUGGAGAAGGUCCUGCAGCGUCGUGGCGCCGGGUGCGUCGAUCUGCUUGUUCUGCACGGAGGUGGGGAAGCCCAGCUGGAGGAUUUCAGACGAGCUGAAGAUCUGCAUCUGCUCAGCCAAGGUGCAACUGCAUUUUAUUUCCUCAGCAAAACUUAUCAAAUUGAGACGCCUCUGGAAUUUACACCGCUCACGAUGGAGCUGCUUUCACCUGCAGGCUGCCAGAGUUGCUUGAAGUGUGCGGCUGAGCAUCCACUCUAUGACCUGCAGCGCAACUCGCUGGGCUCCACAGCGGCAAUCGAAGCAUCAGAGCCUUCCGAGACGCUGCAGGGCUGGGUGGCUUCCUGCCGCUGUCGGGGCCGUCAGAAACAGACGGUCAGAGAGGUCAGCGAGCUGGCGGCACUGAAGGCAGAGUCCGAACGACUCGCACGCCUUUCAGGGUUGAGGGCGAAGGAGAACGAGGUCGAGCGCUUCCGGCGAUUCUUGAUCGACCACGGUCUGUGCCCAAAACGGGAAGGCUGUUUGACAUUGGACACUUCCAUGGGCGUGCUUGAGGCAACCAGGCCCUUUCGUGCCUUUCUGCUGGACGUAGACCCUGGCGAGCGUGGUGUGGGGCUAGAGAAGCUACUGAUGGAGCGUUUUGGCGACAUGGCGCAGUUUGUCCAGGCAUCCGUGCUCCAAAGCAGCGACGGGGCAAGAAACUUGAGCGCUCACGUCUUCGAAGAAUUGGGUAUUGCCGACACCGUGCUUCAGGCUGGAUUCCUUCGAUGGUUUCAGGAUCAUGAACGCGUCGCCGACGUCGUUUUUCCGAUGCCAGCCGAAGCCGGUGCAGGCUUUCUUCGGCCGCCCUCCGAGCCCAUCCUUCCCGCCUCGCAGACCGACCUUCCGAAAGAGAGCCUGUGGGAACGACCUUCAGAUCUUCGAGAGAUGCCGUUUGAAGACUGGCUGGUGUGGAUUGACGCUUCUGGCGAAUUGCUGUGCUACUUGCCGACUGUGCAAGAAAGCUAUGACACAGUUGCACAGAUCGCACAGACCUACACUUCUGUGGACAAAGCUACCAAGCAGAAAGUGUUGGAUCCGUUGCUUUUCGAGGCCGCUCUUCAAGCAGUGGUUCGUGGAAGUCUGCGGAGUGAUGAUCUGAUGGGGAACCUCUUUGAGGACAUCCAACCCAAAGGCGCAAGUACCUCGAUCGACAUGAACGAUUCGACACCCAGGUUACGUUCCAACAUGCUCUCAAAUGCCUUGCGAGCCGGUUCUGGUGAGAAGGCAUUUCUCGUGGCGGGCUCCCGAUCGUGCUCGGGGACGGAAGUGGAGCGGCAACAAUGCAGAGACAUGCCGACAUGCAAUCAUUGCGUUCCUCAGAACUGCGAGUUCGCUCAGUGGGGCAAAUGGUACGAUGCCGGCGGAUGCACUGGCCUGUGCUUUCGUCAUAGGGCACUUGCACAGCCGAACAACGAGUGUGGACGACCUUGCAGCGGAGUUCAGGAAGACACAAAGCCGUGCUUCAAAAGAGAGUGCUCACGGAAGCCCGAACAGGAUGCGAUGUUCGGCUCUUGGUCUGAGUGGGGCUUGUGCGAUUCCGGCCAGAGGGAUCGUCACCGUGAAGUGGCGACGCAAGCGGCCCAUGGAGGGCGCUCCGUGGAAGGCCCACUGCGCGAGGUCCAGCCGUGUGGCCAGGGCCAUGUCGUCGACUGCGAGAUGAACCAGUGGAAUGCCUGGACGACCUGCAGUUGCACCUGCGGUCAGGGAUGGCAUACCAGAGAUCGCCGCAUCAUUCGCUUCUCAGCCAAUGGAGGGAAGCCUUGCGUUGGAUCCACUCGCGAGGAACACCCAUGCAACGAGCAGCCAUGCAAUGGUCUGGCUUGUCAGUUCAGCCCCUGGUCCAGCUGGGCUGGAUGUGAUGGAUACCGGCCAUUUCAACGAGAUCGCCACCGACGGGUUGAGCAACCGGGUUCCGACGGUGCCGGCUGCAGUGGGACGACUCGCGAGAUGGAGGGUUGCACCAGCCACGGUCCUUCUGACUGUGUCAUAUCGCAGUGGGAUCAAUGGUCAUCAUGCGACAAGCAUUGUGAUGGAGGUCAGCAAGUUCGACAUCGGAAGUUGAUUCAUCCUGCUCACAGCGGAGGCACGUGCCCACAGUCGAAGAUGAAGCAGAUCCGGGGUUGCAACACGCAUUCGUGCCACUCCAAUCAGAAUGACUGCAUCCUCUCGCCGUGGCGCUCGUGGAGUGCCUGCACGGCACAGUGUGAAGAUGGCGUCAGGAAGCGUGAGCGCGAGGUGUUGCAACGUGCCGGUGAGGGAGGGGACCCGGCUGCGGCGAACAAGACUGCCAGUGGGGAGCGUGGGAUUCGUGGAGCGGCUGCUCCUGCAGCUGCGGAGGUGGGACGAAGCGGAGAAAUCGACAGGUUCAGGUUUCCCCAAAAGGUGGAGGAGAACUCUGUGACCCAGUCGACAAGUCUGAAGCAGCUCCGUGUAAUCAGCACCGAUGCUUCGAGCGAUGCACCGAUGCCCGGUGGUCAGAAUGGAAGCAGUGGUCCGAAUGCUCGGCUUCCUGUGGAUAUGGCUUCAAGUUUCGACAUCGAAGCCAUCAAGUGCAGGCAAAUUCCUGUGGCAGGCCAGCUACAGGCCGUGGCCAGGAGUGGGACGUGUGUGAAGGUUCUGGGGUUGGCAGUGCGGUAUGCGGGGACCGGGAUGGCCGGCUCUCUGCCUGGAAUGAAUGGUCCGACUGCAGCUGCACUUGCUUCGGCAUUCGUGAGCGGCAGAGGAUUGUGGAGCAAUACCACUUCGGGAACGGAAAGCCUUUUGUCCGGCAUGACCGGCGAGGACAAAACGUCGUCGGCAUGGUUCAAGGUGCCUACGUGGGACGGCAGCCCGGAAACUUGGAGGUCUUUUGACCGUGAGAUGCAGUGGUGGAUCUCUUCGUUGGACAUCGAGGCCACCAAGAAGUAUAACCUGGCGGCGCGGUGGUUGCUAAGACAAACCGGAGUUGUCAGGCAGAGUGGGGAGGAGUUCUCCCCGAAGGACUUAGAGUACCCGACGGAAAUCAAGACGAAGGACCCGGACGGCGUCAAGAUUAUCGUGGUGCCGGAGGAUCCCCUGAGUGGCUUGACAAAGUUGCUUAAGGCACUUGAGGGCAUCAACGGCAGGACCGCCUCAGAGCGCAAGGGCGAGCUGAGGAACCUGUUUUACUUGGCCUUGCAGCGGCGACCUGGAGAGCCGCCGGCUGACUUCAUGAGUCGCUUUCGCUCUGUGGAGAAGCUUGGAUUGGACCCCUUGCGCAAGCAGCUGCUGGAGACGGCACUUCAGAGCCGGGAGAACUACGAGGAUGUGGAGCAGGAGGAGCUGCUGGAUGGGCGGAGGGUGAUCGAUUUUUGCCGGUAUGGAUAUCGCUACUUGACCGCGAGCUCUCGGGUGGCCGAAGCCCUCCGGCAACAUUUGGGUCCCAACUUCUCGAAGGAGUUCAUGGAUAAGUUGGUGCGGGCCGUGGAGCUGCAGUUCGAAGACGAUGCCCGCGCAACCGCAACGAUGGUGGCGGAUGAGCAGGACUUUGUGGGCCCGGACGGCUCGGACACGCAGGCCGAGGACGCAGGCGACGAGGCCCAGCUGAAGUCUGAUUUGGUGAUUCCCACCGCUGUGAGGCAAGCCGUUCACCGAUUGCGCGAGAACACCGGGCAUCGCAGUCCUCAACGGCUGGCCCGAGCCUUGGUGAUCGCGGGCGCUUCGAUGGAGGCGGUGAUUGCUGCAAAGCAGUUGCGAUGCAGUUUAUGUCAGGAGCGCAGGCCCCCGAAAGUGCAAAGGCCGGCCUCUGGACCCCGAGAACCUAGCGACCAAGUGGCCGUGGACAUCUUCGACAGCUUCGAUGCCGCUGGAGUUCGCUACUCGAUCCUCCAUGCCGUCGAUCGACCUUGGUGUGUGAUCAAGGGCGUGAGUUUGUUUCGCAUGCCUUGGAAGAGUUUCUCCUCGAUGCAGGAGGGAGCCUGGCGCCUUUUCCAGAUUGGUGGCAGUUCGCGAAACGGCUCGGAUGGCGAUGUUGCGCUUGCGCUCCAGCAAGGCAAUGAGACGAGUCGAGGCCGCCGGUCACGCAACCCCAGUACUGAGAGCGCCCCAGCCGUCGGUGACCUUGUCUACUACUGGCGGCAGCAGAAGUACAACCGCCGUGGCAAUCAAAGUCAACGGCGACUACUACUUCGAAACUGGCACGGGCGGCCGGCUUUAUUGGUGGCCUCUGAGGGCAACAACUGCUACGUGACGGCCCGUGGGACCUUGACUAAGGUGGCGUUGGAACAUGUUCGGCGGGCCUCUCCGACGGAGCAGCUGGCUUCUGGUGAGUGGGACAGCAUGGUGCAAGAAGUGGUGGAUGCUGCGAAUCGAGACCAAGAGUGGGAGCUAGUUGAGACCCAGCCCCGCCGUGAAGCGGAUGAUGAAGAACUGGCGCCCGCUCCUGCGAAGACGAUGGCCCCGGCGCUGGCGGGACUAAGCGGCCCGCAGACCUGGAAGUGGAAGCUCUUCGACAAGGACAAGCAGGUGAAGUGCACCCUGCUGCUCGUCUUCAAGCUUUGGCAGAUGGAGGGGAACCGCGGCAAGGUUGACGAUCAUGGGACUUGGCUGGGUGAUUGGCCCCUGCCGACCCGCGCCGAAUACGAGGCUGCGAGCAAGGAGUACCACUGGAACAGCAUGAACGCCGAACAGAAGGCUGCGUUCACCGCAGGAAGGACGCCCCAAACGGUUUCCCGGACUUCGCAGCACUUGCUGUUCUCCGCAGCGGUGAGCAGCUGUAAGAAGCACAAGUGGCGCAUUGGCACGGCGGAUGUCAAGAGUGCCUUUCUCAAGGGCGAGAAGUACGUUGAUGGCGCCCGCGAGCUGUAUGUUCGCAACAGGGAGGCGGCGAAGGAGCGCUGGAAGGCCGCGACCAUGGACUACAGGCGACCGGAACUGCUCGUUGAUCCUCGUCUCUUAAGCGGGACCAGCGGUAUAGUCGUUUUCUGA